AUGGUCACUGAUUGCCUCGACAAAUUUGUUACGUACCCCCCCAAGUGCCGAAUUCAUUCACCGGUCCAGCCGGCCAUUGGAAUCCUCAACCCGUUCCUCUCAUACCCCGUGAAAAUUCAAGGGAGCGUGCUCGGAUUCCCUCGGUCAACUCAAGAAUUCAUCUACUUCAACCGGCACACCACUGUCUUCCUAACUGUCUGCUACUCUAUCCUUACUCAGAAUACAGAACUGAUAUCCAAGACGCCAUCCAUGCUCCCCACAACUUGGAAUUCGUGCUCCAACGGCGCUGUCUACGUCAAUGAAACGACAGGGGCGCCAGGAAGGGACACCUCGAUUCCAUCAGCGCUCAGUGUUUUGCCGAACGUCAUCGAAAAAUCCGUCAGAACCGUCAUAGUUCAUGGACUAGCUGACUUUAUCCUGAUUGCAGAGGGAACACGUAUUGCUAUUCAAAAUAUGAGCUGGGGAGGUGCCCAAGGACUCCAAACCCCCAUUGAAGAUGAGACGUUCACAGUCCAAAUAUGGGUGUCUACGGGAACAUGCACACCGAACGCAAACUCACCUGUGACCCCCAUUCAUUCCGAACUUUUCUGUAACUGA